AUGACUUCGAGAGCGCAGAGGGACAAAGGACAGAAGCAGAAUACAGCCCAGACAAUUUUAUCGGAGUUACUGAAGGAAGAAGAGAAUAAAUAUUGUUCUGAUUGUAAAGCAAAAGGUAUGGAACCUUUCAUCGAUCGAUCGUCUUCCGUUGGAGCGAGAGUUCGCUUGUCAAGCUGUAAAAUUCUCACUUCUUGGUCGACAAAUAACCGUAUUUUUCUACUACAGGACCUCGUUGGGCGUCUUGGAACCUGGGAGUGUUUCUUUGCAUUCGGUGCGCGGGUAUACAUCGAAACUUAGGUGUUCAUAUUUCUCGAGUCAAGUCAGUAAACCUUGAUUCAUGGACGACGGAACAGCUAGAAGUGAGUGAAACGUCAUUCUACUGGUCUUACGAAAAGCUGUUAUUUAGGUUUGAUUUUAAAACUGAGACACUUUUUUUUUUUUCAUGUCAUGUUUAGAGUAUCCAAGCGUGGGGAAACAAGCGAGCAGCAGAGUUUUGGGAAUGUAAUCUGCCAAGUGAUUUUCGACGUCCACAGACCGACUCGUACUAUUCGACAAAAAACACCGGUUAAUUUAAAUUUCUCGGGGAAAUUUUACCAUCUGUAGCAUAAUGGCUCAUGAUUUAUUGGGUAGUGUUAAAUCUAUAGACCACUUAAAGCUAUUUAACCAAACGUGAUUUUCAUAUCGCGUAAUGUUUGAUACUUUUGACACUGGGGAAGGAGCUUCCUUCUCUUUUCACUUGUGGGAACAGGGAGCUUGUUGUCGCCCAUCAUGAACUGUGCCAUGUAUGUGAACCGAUUUAAUGCAUUUGUCAAAGGUUAAAAUCAAUGAUUUUUGUUUGUUCAUGUUUUACAAACGCUUAAUUUUUACACUGUAGUAGGUUCUUUCAGGUCUUUACGACAAACAGGCGUUUAAUUCCUUACGUGACAGUGCGUGGUGGCAAACACACAUUCCAUUUUGUUGGCGUGCGAUUGUGAUAAAUUGUUUUCCCCGGUGGUUAAAUAUCGCGAGAGAAAGGGCCGACAACUUAAGUGAAAUGCAUAGGUAAAUAAUAAGAAAUGCGGAAAAAACUCUGUUAAUUCCGAUCAAAUCUGUUUUCAUGGAUUUUGAACAUAUUAAUUUGUGUGAAGUAAAUUGACGAGUCUGGCAGAGACCGGUGUAAAGUUUGAAGACAUUUUAUGAAACUGAGUGUGGUUACUACAGGAAACAUGUCUAAAAUUUUUUCGAUUAAACAACUAAAUAACUGCUACUUUUGAAUGUUUUUCAUAUCAUAAAAGAUAUGAUGGACUAUCGUAAUAACAAAUCCAACAUAUUUCUGUUUAAUGGCCAAUCAAGGAUUGUAAGAAAUGUAUCAGAAUAUUAAUUAUGAAUUGUACUGUAUAUGUAGUCAUUUUUUUACGUAGAUCUCUUGGUUAAUCGAUUUAAUCCAUAUUUAUGCUCAGUUACGAUCCAUGUGCUGGGUAUAGGCCAUUUCUAAAAACAGUAGCAGCAUAAUAGAUUUGAAUGUAAAAUAAAUAUUUAGCAUAUAUGUUGUAGUUAAUUUUUGUUAUCAGACUCAGGUAAUUUGGGUUUUCUUUUGUUUUUGGGUAUGGUAAUGUAUGCUAUUAAUGUUGAAACAAAAGAAAAAGAAAAAUUACCUGAAAUAAACAAUUAACUACAACAUGUACAAUGAAUGAACAUGCUUUUACAUCCAUACUGAAAGUCUGCACUUUUUGCAGUUGAUUUUUCUCAAAAGUUUGAUUUACUGAUUCAAUUAUUCCACUUGUGUAGGGAAAGCAAACUUGAUACCAGUGACAUUAAUAACAAAAUAAUGAUGUAAUUUAAGCGUGAUUGAAAGGAGUGUUUUGUCAAUAGAUUGAAGUGACUGGAUUUUUUUCCUGUUGUUUUGUCUUCUUGUCUUGUUGUCUUUUAACUUUACAGAGCCACAGAACAUUUUAUCAGAAACAAAUAUGAACGUAAAAAGUAUUUAAAGAAAGAUGGCCUUCCACCUAGUAAUCCAGCAAAGAACUCUGUACCCAAGGAGGUGAAACCUGCAGAGAAGGUAUUAAAUGCAGAUUUUCACUUUCAAUAUGACAGUAGAUACAUUGUUUGGUUGUUUGUUUGUUUAAUAGUGAACUUAUGCAAUGGGAUGGCAGAGAAGAAAGAAGACAGCAAACCUUGAGUGGCAAGCUGACGUUAUUGCAUAUUUUAAAAAAAUUUUCCACCAAAAUUCAUCUUCCUUCAAACAGAUCUUUUUUGUUAAAGACCAGAACACAGCAAUGUUCAGGGAAGAUUGCUACAGAACAGGCAAACAAUAAAGCCACACAUUUUUCACUCACAGACAUUUUGCCACCCUGCUUUUUCUGCUGUCCUGUUUUGUACACUCACUAUUAACAAGUCAGAUGGGCUAUGACAGUUAUAUUUUGCCUUGCUUAAAGUAUUGUCUGAAUAUUUCAUUAUCUCUUUUUGUCAAAGCAAACAUCAAGUGUAAACAAAAAACGCUAUUGGCCUCCUCCAUAAUCAG